CGCUUCACCCAGUGAAGUAGAGGAGAGAGAAGAGGGAGGAAGCAGCGGCGGUCCCCCCUCACAACACCUGAGUCCUGCGCGUCUUCGCUGCGUAUUGAAGCACGCCGCUUUGAACUCCUCAAACCACCUGCUCCAACCAGCCCACCUGCAUUGUUGAGUUUCUCGCUCUUGUUAAAAGGUGGAAAACCGUCUUGCACCGUGGACGCGCUGAAUUCUGUUUUUGUUGAGUGCGAUAACUUUAAAUCUCUGAUCUCCCGAAGGAUCUGCGACUUGUCAUCACCUCUCUCAGCGAGUGUGUGUAUACGUGUGUGUGUGUGUGUGUGUCUGGUCACAGGAGCACUUCUGUCACUUUGUGCUUCCAGAGUCCCCUCAGCAUCCACAGAAAAACACCCAGAGACCACAGGGUCUAAGAUUAGUGAAGAAUGGGGUCGUCUAUUGCCCUGCUGGCCCUUCUGCUUUUUCUGGGCUUGACUGCUAGCGUGUGGAGUCUGAACCCAGAUGACCCCAAUGUCUGCAGUCACUGGGAGAGCUAUGCUGUGACUGUCCAGGAGUCCUACGCUCACCCAUUUGACCAGAUCUACUACACCAGAUGCACAGACAUCCUCAACUGGUUUAAAUGCACAAGGCACAGGAUCAGCUAUAAGACGGCUUACCGGCGGGGAGUGAGGACCAUGUAUAGGCGCCGCUCGCAGUGUUGCCCUGGUUACUUUGAGAGUGGAGACUUGUGUGUUCCACUGUGCACAGAGGAGUGUGUCCAUGGCCGCUGUGUGUCUCCUGAUACAUGCCAGUGUGAGCCCGGAUGGGGUGGACUGGACUGCUCUAGUGGCUGUGAGAGUGACUACUGGGGACCUCAUUGCAGUAAUCGGUGUCAGUGCCAAAAUGGGGCGAAGUGUAACCCCAUCACAGGUGCCUGUGUCUGCACUGAUGGGUACCAGGGAUGGCGGUGCGAGGAGCCCUGUGAGCACGGUUACUAUGGCAAAGCAUGCCAACUACCCUGCCAGUGUCUCAAUGGUGCCACCUGCAACCACGAGACAGGAGAGUGCAUCUGUGCACCGGGGUACUCAGGGGCUUUCUGUGGAGAGCGAUGCCCCUCCGGUAGUCACGGGCCUCAUUGUGAACAGAGCUGCCCCUGUCAGAAUGGAGGAAUGUGCCACCACAUCACUGGAGAUUGUUCCUGCCCUGCUGGGUGGACGGGUUCGGUUUGUGCCCAGCCUUGCCCUCUCGGCAGGUACGGCAUCAACUGCAGCAAGGACUGUUCCUGUCGUAAUGGUGGGCUGUGCGACCACAUCAUGGGGCAGUGCCAGUGCUCAGCUGGCUUCAGUGGACGCAGGUGUCAGGAUGACUGUCCUGUGGGCAGCUUUGGUCCGCAGUGCAGCCAGAAGUGUGAGUGUCAGAAUGGAGCCAAGUGUCACCAUAUAAAUGGGGCCUGUCUGUGUGAAACGGGGUUUAAAGGCCCUAAUUGCCAAGAGAGAUUCUGUCCCCCAGGCCUCUAUGGCCUCAUCUGUGACAAGUACUGCCCCUGUAAUACCAGCAACACUGUGAGCUGCCAUCCUCUUUCUGGUGAAUGCACCUGCUCUGCAGGAUGGACUGGGCUUUACUGUAAUGAGACCUGCCCGCCUGGAUACUACGGAGAGGAAUGUGUGUUGCCCUGCACCUGCACCAAUGGAGCCGACUGCCAUCCUGUCACAGGUGCUUGUAUAUGUGCCCCUGGGUUCAUGGGUGAGGACUGUGCUACAGUCUGUCCCCCUGGUCUAUAUGGACCAAACUGCAUGUCCACCUGCUCCUGCCAUAAUCACGCAUCCUGCUCCCCAGUCGACGGCUCCUGCAUCUGCAGGGAAGGCUGGCAAGGCGUGGACUGCUCCAUCCUUUGUUCGAGUGGUACGUGGGGCCUGGGCUGUAAUCAGUCAUGCUUAUGUGCCAAUGGAGCUGCAUGUGACCCUGUGGAUGGCAUUUGUACAUGUUCUCCCGGGUGGAGGGGAGAGCACUGCGACGAGUCCUGUCCUGAUGGUACCUAUGGGUUGGAGUGUCGCGAGCGCUGUGACUGUAGCCAUGCUGAUGGUUGUGAUCCAGUGACAGGCUACUGCCGCUGCUACCCUGGCUGGACAGGAAUACACUGUGAUAAUGUGUGCCCACAAGGCUUCUGGGGACCCAACUGUUCAGUCAGCUGCUCCUGUCAGAAUGGAGGGUCCUGUUCUCCAGAGGACGGCACAUGUGUGUGUGCACCUGGAUACAGAGGGACCUCCUGCAAAAGAAUCUGCUCUCCGGGGUUCUAUGGGCACCGCUGCAGCCAGUCGUGUCCGCAGUGUGUGCACAGCACUGGGCCGUGCCAUCACGUCACGGGCCACUGUGAGUGCUUGUCUGGCUUCACUGGCUCUCUGUGCAACCAAGUUUGUCCAAGUGGCAGGUAUGGGAGGGCCUGCGCUGAGAUCUGCCUCUGUACCAACAAUGGCACCUGCAACCCCAUCGAUGGCUCCUGCCAGUGCUUCCCUGGUUGGAUAGGAGAGGAUUGCUCUCAGGCCUGUCCCUCUGGGCACUGGGGGCCAGAUUGUCUCAACUCCUGUAACUGUCACAACGGAGCCCAGUGCAGUGCCUACGAUGGGGAGUGCAGGUGCAGCCCCGGCUGGACCGGACUCUACUGCACACAGCGCUGUCCUUCAGGGUUCUAUGGCAGGGACUGCUCUGAAGUCUGUCGCUGCCAAAACGGCGCAGACUGUGACCACAUCACUGGCCAAUGUGCUUGCCGAACAGGCUUCAUUGGGAUGAGCUGUGAGCAGAAGUGUCCUGCUGGUACAUUUGGAUAUGGUUGCCAGCAGCUGUGCGAGUGCCUGAACAAUGCUACCUGCGACUAUGUGACUGGAACAUGCUACUGCAGCCCUGGAUAUAAAGGCAUCCGUUGUGAUCAAGCAGCUCUGAUGAUGGAGGAGCUGAACCCGUACACCAAGAUUAGUCCAGCACGAGGCUCGGAGCGGCAGUCUGCGGGGGCCGUCAUGGGCAUCAUCUUUCUCCUCCUCAUCAUCAUGGCCAUGCUCAGUCUGUUUGUGUGGUACAGACAGAGGCAGAGGGACAAAGGACAUGAGAUCCAGCCCAGUGUGUCCUACUCACAGGCAAUGCACAUCACCAACACUGACUAUUCUCUGUCUGAGUGUGGCAGUACUGUAGCGAUGAGAACCAGUGCUGCUGAAGUCAAUCAGAGCAGCAGCAGCAGCAGCAGUGGCCAGUGCUUCUCCAACCCCAGUUACCACACUGUGGCCCAGUGUAAUGUUGUCUCAACCAUCUCCAGCAACGUGGAUGGCACGCUGACCCUCAAAUCAAGCACCUUGAAAAGUAGAAAUGGCUCAGAGUGGAGAGCCUACUGCAACCUCAAUGACAUAGAUGUUCAACAGGGGGAGACACAGACACAGAGAGGCUCCAGAAAAGAUUACAUUAAGGGCUCCAUGUGCAGCAACAGUUCCUGCUCCCUGAACAGUGAGAAUCCAUAUGCUACCAUUAGAGACCCUCCGGGACUGGCUUGUAAGCACACAGAGAGCAGCUACGUGGAGAUGAAGUCCCCCUCCCACCGCGAGGUGCCCUUUGGAGGGACGGCAACCCUCCUGGGCAGCGCGAACAGGAAUGUCUAUGAUGUUGAGCCAACAGUCAGCGUCCUGCAGGGACCCAAUGGAAUGGCCACCGGCUUCUCCCAGAGCCCCUAUGACCUUCCUCGCGGCAACCACGUCCCGAGCCACUAUGACAUACUUCCCAUGCGUCACAGCCCCACACACACACCCCCACCACCCCCCGAAAGCCCCAGCUCUUUGCUCUAGAGGGCACACUCAGUGUGUCGGCAAAACAUUCAACCAACUUUCAACCCGUGGCCCUCCCUCUUCCCUCUGUCUCCGUGUGUGUUCAAUUAGAUACUGAGAUCUUGAGAUGGAGGGACAGCCACAGCUCUCCUGGACCCUGCUCUCUUUGGCUCCCUCACAGGCACUCUUUCUGUGGCCCUGAAGGAGGGGGGGGAGGAAAGAGUGUCCCACGCACCAGCGACCAUUCACCCAUUUUAUUUUCUUACAGAACUGAUCACUCAAGCUGCUGCCCGGCCUCGUUAUGGACCUCCUGAAGUGGAACAUAGUGGUUCCAAACAGCACCAAGGGCAGCAUACAGGGAUCGGGUGGACAGAUUAUUUACAGGGAAAGAGCGAUCCUCACGCUCAUUUUUAGCCCGUGAUAUAGGUUUACUAUUCAAGGGCAGACAAGCGUUCAUAAUGCCCCCUAAACAGAAGUGAUUUUCUCCACAGCAGGGAAGGUAUAGCAACCCUGACCAUUUCAAAGCAGGUGAAGAUUUACCACAUAGACAUCAGAGUUUAUGGAUCGUCACCGUGUGCAGCAGCUACAGAUCAUAGCUGACACGAAGUGAUUAUGAUCAUCUACUCUGAGGUCAAGAAAAGUCAGAUAGUAGAGAAAUGUAUGUUGUAAAUGUUAUACAUGGAAACUUGACUGGGAGUGGGCACAGUCUGAUAAAGCAUGGAUAAAUAGUAAAAUAUUGUAAUGGUCCUUUAUUCACUGUUAUCCAGUAAUGAUUACACAGCUGAUACUUGGUGAUCCCUGUCCGUAACUCACAAGCUUCUGUUCAGUUUCGGUGUAAACAAGGAUUUAUGUAACUGGAGAUGCUUUCAGGUCACCGGUGUUCAUGCAUUAUAUUGCAUUGCUGAGAGAUACACACAUACAGUAGGUCUCCAGUUUGGAUCCCCCCCCCCCCCACUCUGAUGAAGUGAUCACAUUGUGUUUUGUUUUCUGUGUGGAAGCAUUUUUCUCCCAAAUGUCUUAGUUUACAUUUUUGAGAUACUGAGUGUCAAGAAGGGAUUGCUUUGACCUUUUAUGUUUUGUAUCUAUAAAGCUAACUGCUUUAUUUAUUACUUUAUAUUAGUGAUGGUGAAUUUUUAUCAAUGUGACACUAGAAUUAAAAAAAAAAAAAGAUGAGCAUGAUCAGAAAAUGGAUACCCACUGAUGUAGAUAACACACAACUUACCUUCUUGUGAGAUGAUCAGUGUCAUUUUGUGAACCGUUUUUGAAGUUACUUAAAAUGUUCUUUCUCUCUGUCAGAUUGUAAAUUGAAAAUAAGGUUUCAUCCGACCAAUUUCAAGACCUACAAAUGCCCUGUGCAGUAUUUACAAAGGGAACCAUAUGUAAAAAGUCCAACUUUAAAGUAUUUUAUGUUUGUAUCAGGCUUAUUAACUUAUUUAUAUAUUGAACUGAAGUUAUUCAUUCACUAUGUGAAUUCCAUUUCACCCUCUGUAGAAGCAAUAACAUUUUGACAAUCGAUGCUCACACAGCAUUUCAUUAGUGCUGGACUUUAUGCCAUCUUCGAUCAGUGUGGUGACAGUGGAUCAUAUUUUAUGUGACUGUUUUUCCUCUAAGGAAGUUUUUUUCCAGUUGCUGUCAUAUCAAUGCUGCUUGUUGUUUUGGUACUUAAAAUUUAAAGUUCAAAUUAAAAGCCUAUUCUGCCA